AAAUCGUUUGUGAAAUUGUUUUAAAAUAAUUUUGAAAACAUGAGAUGAACUAAAUAUGGACAUCGUUAGCUUGACCGGAUUCGAUACACUAGUUUUGAUAACUACAAUAGCUACAAUAUUAGCACUCUUCUUUGCUUACCUGUAUUGGAGUAAAAAGCUUGGUUAUACAGGCGAUUAUAAACAAAGGAAACGUCCGCGUUGUAACCUAAGUGAACAGUCCGUAGAAGUUAAGGAUUCUGGAGGUGCAAGACGCAGCGCUCUCACAGACCAAAUAAUAGCUCGUUUCUAUGACGACGUCGAUACAGUCUACAAUGGGUUCUUACGAGGUGUACGGCUAUCAGGUGGCGAUCCAUGCUUAGGUGAACGACAUCCACUUUUGCACAAAUAUGAAUGGCUUACUUACAACGAGGUUCACAGCCGGGCGUACCAUGUGGGAUGUGGUCUUGUUAGCAUUGGCUGUCAACCCUCACAGAAUACUUACAUAGGAAUAUAUGCACCAAACUGUGUUGAGUGGGUUUUGACGGAUUUAGGUUGUCAGAUGUUCUCUAUGAUCAGUGUUCCUCUGUUUGCAACACAUGGCCCCGAUGCGUGUCGUCACAUCAUCAAAGAAGCCAACCUUCAGACAGUCAUUUGCCACGAGUCCAAAGUGGAAUUCGUUCUUCGUUCUAGGGAUGAAAUCAGCGUUGUUCGAAGGAUCGUAAAAAUAGGAAGUGACAUCACGCAGCAUGAAAAAUCCUUAGCGGAGAAAUGGAACAUCAAGUUGAUUGCUUUUAAACAACUCCAGGACAUAGGGAAAACUACUCCUCUGGAACGUAAUGUACCCAAAACAGACGAUGUUUUAACUGUAUGUUACACGAGUGGAACAACGGGAACCCCAAAAGGAGCAAUGUUAACUCAUGAUAACGUCAUAUCAGAUUUAGCUGGCUUCAAAUUUCUGUUGAAACAAUUCGACAAGGAGGUGACCAAAGAUGAUGUGUUGUUAUCCUUCAUGCCCCUUGCCCACAUGUAUGAACGAAUGAACCAGGUGAUCUUGAUGAUGAGCGGAGGUCGCAUAGGGUUCUUCAGCGGUGAUCCAAAGCGCCUCCUCGAUGAUCUUAAAGAACUCAAACCGACUGUUUUUCCCGCUGUUCCUCGUCUUCUCAACCGUAUUCAUGAUAAGGUGAUCAACGAAAUCAAUAAGAGCAAAGUAAAGAGCUGGUUGUUUGAGAAAGCCAUGAUGGCGAAGAAGAAAGAUCUUGAAAGGAUGGUACUCAGAAAGGAUACUAUAUGGGAUCUUCUGGUCUUUAAGAAAAUCCAGGAUCUCCUGGGGGGUAGGGUUUGGCUGAUCAUUUCCGGUUCUGCUCCACUAUCUUCCAAGGUCACUACAUUCUUGCGAUGCGUCAUGGGAUGUCACGUGCAAGAAGGCUAUGGUCAGACGGAGGCAACUGCAUCAUCGGUGCUACAGUUAUUGGAUGAUUUUUCAAGUGGUCAUGUUGGUGCUCCAAACCCAGUGAACCAUGUCAAGUUGAUUGACGUACCAGAAAUGGAUUACUAUGCUAAGGACAAUCAGGGGGAGAUUUGUUUGAAGGGAAGAAACGUAUUCAAGGGAUACUUGAAUAAUCCUGAGAAAACCGCUGAAGUACUUGAUGAAGAUGGCUGGCUCAAGACAGGUGACAUUGGGGAAUGGACUGAGAGUGGUACUUUAAAAAUCAUCGACCGAAAGAAAAACAUUCUCAAGCUGUCCCAGGGUGAAUAUAUCGCACCAGUUAAAAUAGAAAACAUCUACAUGAGGAGCCCAUUCCUGGCACAAGUCUUCGUCCAUGGAGAUUCAUUACGGUCCUAUUUAGUGGCUAUAGGUGUACCUGAUGAAGAGGUGCUAGAAGCUUGGGCUCGAAAGCAAGGCAUCAUGGGAAGGUUUAGGGAACUUUGUAAAAAUAAGAGGGUCCUAGAUGCGGUUUUUAAAAGCGUUACAGAUAUUGGAAAGGAAUGCAACCUGAAUUCACUUGAGCAGAUAAAGGGAAUAUAUCUACACGAUGAGCCUUUCUCCAUAGAGAACAACUUGCUGACUCCAACCCUUAAAAAGAAACGACCACCCCUAGUGAAACUCUUCCGGAAACAAAUCGAUGCAUUGUACGAAUCAAUUGAUAACGUUUCGUAACUGUCAAAAAUCCUGACAUUUCUGUGACAUUUUGGCCAACUUUUCGCUUCACAACGGUGAGAUAAGACCAUUAAUAUUGCCAUCUCCCAACACAAUUGUUUUUCUUUUUUAUUUCCUCAUGCGAAAUUUUCGAGAAAUGUAAACUAAUUAAAACAGUUUCACAACAAUCUCA